CAUAAAACACGCCCCGUCGCCAUGUUGGCGAGUACACGUUUGUAAACGAGCAGGAAUAACUUUCAGUUUAUUAACUGAAAUCUGCGGGACAUAAUUUAUUAAAGAUGGAGUUUAUUAAAGAAGAGAGUGAUCCAGAACCAUGCAAAGUAAAACAUGAAGAUACUGAGGAACAAAUAGACCUGAAGGAAGUGAAAGAGGAAAGUCAAGAACUGACAUUGGAGGAGAAACAUCAGUAUGAGGAACCUCAUUUCAAAACUGAAGAAAAACCUUUUAGUUGCUCAGAGACUAAACAUUUCACACAAAAAAGAUGUCGAAGAACUGGAGCCCAAGUUUUUUUCACCUGCCUUCAAUGUAAAGAGAGUUUCACAUCUAAAGAACAACUUAUGGGACAUUUUAGAGUUCACUCUGGAGAGAAGCCUUUCCCAUGCGAUCAGUGUGGAAAGAGUUUUUUUCGGAAAGCAAGCCUUAAGAAUCACAUUCAAGUUCACUCUGGAGAGAAGGUUUUUCCAUGCAAUCAGUGUGGAGAGAGUUUCAGUCAAAAAGCAACACUUAAGAAUCACAUUAGAGUUCACUCUGGAGAGAAGCCUUUCCCAUGCGAUCAGUGUGGAAAGAGUUUCAGACAUAAAGCAACCCUUAAGAAUCACUUUACUGUUCACUCUGAUGAGAAGGCUUUCCCAUGUCAUCAGUGUGGAAAGAGUUUCAGUCAUAAAGCAACCCUAAAGAAUCACAUUAGCAUUCACUCUGGAGAGAAGGCUUUCCCAUGUGAUCAGUGUGGAAAGUGUUUUGGAUAUAAAUCAACCCUUAAGAAACACAUGAGCCUUCAUUCUGGAGAGACGCCUUUCCCAUGCGAUCAGUGUGGAAAGAGUUUCAGUCAUAAGGCAACACUUAAGAAUCACAUGAGAGUUCACUCUGGAAAGAGGCCUUACACAUGUGAUCAGUGUGGAAAGAGUUUCUUCCAUAAAGAAAACCUUAAUGAUCACAUGAGAAUUCACACUGGAGAGAAGCCUUUCACAUGCCCUCAGUGUGGAAAGAGUUUCGGUUAUAAAUCAACCCUUAAGAAACACAUGAGCCUUCACUCUGGAGAGACGCCUUUCUCAUGCAAUCAGUGUGGAAAGAGUUUCAGUCAUAAGGCAACACUUAAGAAUCACAUGAGAGUUCACACUGGAAAGAGGCCUUACAAAUGUGAUCAGUGUGGAAAGAGUUUCUUCCAUAAAGAAAACCUUAAUGAUCACAUGAGAAUUCACACUUGAGAGAAUCCUUUCACAUGUACUAAUUGAGGAAAAUGUUUCAGAUGUAAGUAGCCUUCUGAAUCACACCAGAAUUCAUAAUAGAGAGAAGCUUUACACAUGCCCUAAGUAUGGAAAGAGUUUCGGCCAAUUAAGUACUCUUCUGUAUUAUAAAAAAAGCAUUGUCCAAAGUUGUCACAGUGAGCAAAGUUGCUGUGAAAUGCCACAAUUUGUGCAGGGAUGGUUUUUGUUUAGAAGUAGCAGUUGUAUUAAUUGUGUCUAAUAGCAUUUGUCCAACACUGCCAGCCUCAGUUUAUUAUAUCUUCAUCCAUAUUCUUAACAUGUUAAUUUAGUUAAUCAUAGCUGUUGAAAGGUGAUGCAUGGAGAACUGAAAAGACUGACAUGCAAUGAGAUCAAGAGGCAAAAAAAGAGUGCGAUGGUGUUGAAAGCUUAAAGAGUUAGUCCACACAAAAAUUCUGUAAUCAUUUACUCUCAUGUUGUUCCAAACCCAUAACUUUCUUCCAUGGGACACAAGUGAAGAUCUUAUGCAGAAUUUCCAGAGUGCUCCUUUUAUGGGGACUGGGGCAACAUAAAGGUAGUCCACAUACAGUACAUAUUGUGUGCUGUAUUCAUAGUGAUCUGAAGCAAUACAAUAGCUUUGUAUGAGGAACAGACUGAAAUUUAAGACUGUAUUAUUCCUUUAUUUCAUUAGAUGCAUUAACCAGAGAAUGUUAUUUCUAUUCCCACUGUUUGUCAAACUUGGGUACAUUAAUAAUGUCAUUUAUUUGUAUUAUAAUUAAGGACACAAAUGUGUAGUGUGGUAAUUGUACAUCAUGAAAUUACCAGAAAUAAAA